AUGUCUCGUAUUUUCGUCAAUUCAACAGUUGAAGAGCUCAAGAAAGCUGUCGUUGAGGAAAUUCACUCUGUUCUUAUAAAAACGACAGAAAAUCGAAAUGUUUCUGUCGGACUCUCGGGUGGUUCAAUGCCAACACAGAUUUCUCCUGGUCUCUUGGCAUUAAAAGGUGUCGAUUGGUCUCGUGUUCACUUUUUCUUCUGUGAUGAAAGAGUAGUCCCCUAUGAUACCCCCGAUUCAACUUUUGGUGUCUAUCAAAAGCUGCUCUUCUCAAGACUGAAUCCGCAGCCUGUUGUUCACAGAAUCAAUAUUGAGGCUGGUUCAACGGAAGAAGUGGCUAAGGAUUAUCAGGCCGAAGUGCUGAAGUACUUUGGUGUUGAAAAUGGUUAUCCUGCUUUUGAUCUUCUUCUUCUGGGGAUCGGUCCUGAUGGUCAUACAUGUUCUUUGUUUCCUCAACACGAAAUUUUAAAAGUAGAGGAUUUAGUAGUUGCAGCAGUCACAGAUAGUCCGAAGCCACCACCCAAUCGCGUAACUCUAACCCUCCCCGUAAUCAACAAGACCAACAAGGCCAUAUUCAUUGUCACUGGAGACAACAAAGCAGAAGUUAUUAAGAAAAUUCUGGAAGAUGAUCAUCCAUCAGAAAUGUAUCCAGCAAGUAUGGUUCAACCACUGUCUGGCAAGCCUUCUUGGUAUCUCGAUGGAGGUGCUGCAAAAUUGUUGUCUUCUGCGAACUAG